UUGCGUUUGCCUUCUUGCAGAUCUUGAUGGCGAAUUUCCUUUAUCGACUAGGUCACUCUGUAAGUGUUUACUUUUUUGCAUUUCAUUCAAAAUCAACACUAGGAUGCAACCUCAGAACUAAUGUGAAUGCAGUAUGCCUGCUUAUCCAGUGGAUCAAUUUUUAGAAACAAAGUGUAUAAUAAGUAACAGAAAAGGAAAAUAGCCGGUAGAUGAAUUGUUGUCGACUCUGAGAAUUUUGGUAAAAUUCGUAUUUACUGCUCUCUUCUCGACGUCGUGUUGUAGUAUGUUGUUGCAAUGGGAAAGUCUUCUAUGUAUGAUGUUUUUGUCUAUAACUAUUUUCUUGUGUGGUCCAGUGCUGGCGCCUUAGCAUGCAGUUUGCAUAUGUUGUCGACUCUCAAUAUCUUCAAUAGCUAUAGCGUAUAAAAUCGCACUCGUAACAGCAUUGCCGUGGUAGGUUCUAUUGUUUCGUAUUUGUUUUGGUUUUUCGUUCAGUGUAACGUCAAAAUGGGGAACGAACAGUCCGGUGAGGGUGGCGGACCAGCCCC